AUGUGGGGGACAGCAGGCACUGCGGUGCGGAGCAUCCGCCCCUACCGGUCCAGCGAGCAGUACCUCUAUGCCAUGAAGGAGGACUUGGCCGAGUGGCUGAAGGAGCUAUACGACCUGGACAUCGAGGUGGGCACCUUCAUGGAGGUGCUGGAGACAGGGGCUGUGCUCUGCUCCCACGCCAACAAUGUCACCCACGUGGCUGGGGAGUUUGCCCGCACCUGCCCUGACGUGGCCUGCCACCUCCGCCUGCCUGCUGCUGGCGUUGCCUGCAACCUUGCAGCACAGCCGGGCACUUUCCAGGCCAGGGACAACGUCUCCAACUUCAUCCAGUGGUGCAGGAAGGAGAUGGAUAUUAAAGAUGUCCUGAUGUUUGAGACGGAGGACCUGGUGCUGAGGAAGAAUGAGAAGAACUUUGUGCUGUGCCUGCUGGAGCUGGCACGUCGUGCCGCCCGCUUCGGCAUGCGUGCCCCGACCCUCGUGCAGAUGGAGGAGGAGAUCGAGGAAGAGCUCCGCCAGGAGCUGGACCUGCCACCUGCAGAUACUCCCCUGCCCCGGCCCUCUAGGAAACCACGGGACCUUCACAACCUCGAUCAGAUGGUCCAGCACCUGGUGAGCCGUUGUACCUGCCCAGUCCAGUUCCCCAUGAUCAAGAUAUCUGAAGGGAAAUACCGUGUGGGCGACUCUGACACCCUCAUCUUUGUCCGGAUCCUGCGGGAGCACAUCAUGGUGCGGGUCGGGGGCGGCUGGGACACGCUGGAGCACUACCUGGACAAGCACGACCCGUGCCGCUGCACCUCGCUCUCUCACAAACAAGCCUUGAAAGCCAGGACACCCCAGCAGCAAGUGCAGCACGAGGUGCGGCUGUGCCCGGCCUCGAAGGUGGCCGCCCGUGGCCAACCCCAGCCCACGCUGCUUGUCAGCCGCUCGCAGAGCCCCCUGCCCCCCGUCACCUGGGGGUCCCGGGGCCCCCGAGCCCCUGCUGACCCCUCCUUGGGGGGCUCAGGCCACCCUCGCCGACAACCAGUGCAGUCCCAGAGGGUCCCUUCGGGCAGGACACGGGAGCCACUUGUCACCCCUUCGGAGAGGCAACCGCCACCAUCCAGGUCAUCCACUCGACCCAGCUCCCCUGGUCGCGAUGGUGGGGUGACGCGCCGGGCACUCACCCCAUCCCGGCUGGGUCCCGGCAUGCGGAACAGCGUGGGGGUCCCCAAUGUGCUGCGUGGGAGCACCCCGGGAAAAACCCCCGUGGCACUGGCACAGGGCGGCUCCAUGGCGCCCAUCACCCACCAGACACCGGCACCGCCGCAAAACACCCGGCAAGGAGGAAAAGUGACUGUGGCGGCUGACAGGGUUCAGGGUAAAGGGGUCCCUUCCAGGGUGGCACCCCGUGCCCUGAGCCCCACCAAGGGCUGUGCCUCCUUGCUGCAGCGGCACAGCCGGGGGGACUCACAGAGCCAGAAAAACCCGCAGGAAGGGAGACAGGGAGCCCUCAUCCGGGGACCCCACCUACCCUCACCCCGGAAUUCCUCCGGUCAGCCUCCAAACCAGGAUGGUGGCAUCAACCCCCCUGCCAAAGCCAGCGCAGCCGCCUGCCAGCCCCCCGCCACUCCGGCCCCCCUUGCAAAUGGGUGUAAGGGCUGUGCUGCUGCAGGGGGGACCCAGAGGUGCCACUCGGCCACCAGCCCGCGGGCUGGGGGUGCAGCACAUGGAGCGAGGGGAGCCUGUCGCCCUGGCGAGGGGAGCGAGGGGCUCCGGGGGUGCUGGGGGCAAGCGCAGCCCCCGGGUUACAGCAGAGUGGUGGAGGAGCUCUCGCGCGGGCGGCAGCCCCUGCGCCCCGCGGGGCUGAGCAGUUGGGUCCCCAAAACUGCCUCGCGAUCUGCCCCGCAGGCCACCGGCACCCCGGCUGGGGGGCAGGCAGAGGGCCCGGGAGCAGGGGGUCAGCCUUCACAGGCAGCCAGGGCCAGCAGCAUCACCAAGGCCCGGCGGUGCCUGAAGAAACCCAAACGCAUUCCCUCCAUCUACAAGCUGAAGCUGAGACCCAAGGCACGUCCCAGGCAAGACCACAGGCCAGGCAAGCGCCCCUCGCGUAUCCCCACCCCACUGGGGCAGUGUCCCGCAGCCCCCCGCAGCCAGCAUCGCACCCCGGCACCCCCUCGGCACCCUCAUCCCGGCCGCACGCACCCCAGGGCUAAGCCCUCGCGGGCUGACGGCGGCGCCUGGCUGACUGAGGAUGAUGAGGAGUCGUGGGUCUGACCUCCCACCCAAGUUUCGGCAGGGAAGGACCCUUCGCUCCUCUGAAGGUGGGAGCGAUGCUGAAACUGGAGCUGUGAUGCCUGUGAGCGGUGCAAUGGAUUUGCUCCCGGGUGACCUGGGGGUCCUCCUCUUGCUCUUUGGAUUCGCGUCCCCUCCAACCCAGUGGGGUUUUUGCACUGAUAGCUCUCCUCCUAAACAGGCAUACCUGUACUAGUUUGGGUGGAAAAUCCAGCCCCAAAUCAAGGGAAUGAGGCAUGUCCUGCAGGGAAGAGUGGUGCAGCCCAUCUCCACAGUGUUCCCAAGUAGCGGGGACACCCCACACCUGGCAGCCGAGCGUGCAAACCAUCCCAUACCUCAGUCAUCCUCAGCCCUACAACAGGACUAAUAAUCCUCGUGUCUUACAGCACCAAGAGCCUCAAUGAGUGCUCGGGUCGCUCAGGGCAGGGAGGCACAGGAGGUGACCCCUGAGACCCACGGGUGAAGGUUGGAGACAGAGGUGGUCAGUGGUCACCUCAGCAGUGAUGGUCAGAGUGACCAAGGCUGUUGAAGUCACUGCUGCCCUCCCGCAGCCACACACCUGGCAAUAUCGUUUGUGCAAUAAAGACGUACCAAAGCUCUUCUGUUUUGGCUUCAUUUCUGUGUGGGUGGUGAAAGGGAGAGGAUAAUCCUGAUGGGGGUCACGGCUGGUGAAGGGCUGUGUGCACCC